CCCCACUCUCCCUGUCUCUCUAUCUCUCUCUCUCUUUGUGAUGUGUUUUCAGAGUGUGAGCAGAGCAAGCAAGUAAGCGUGCGAGUGUUUGUGUGUGCUGUAUACGCGUGUGCCUGACAGUGCAGGCUAGAAGCUGUAUGCAAGCGUGCUUGCAGCCUGCAACUCAGAGACCACUGAAGACAACCAUUCUUCCUGGACCGGCAGACAAAUUGCGUGCACGCACCCCAACCCUUUCUCUCUGUCUCUCUCUGUCUCUCUCUCUCACCUCAGUCCCUCCCUCCUACCAAUACCUUCAACAGAAAAAGCGAAAAAACCCCUCUUCACUUCACUGCCCAGCCCUGGGAUGCCAGCUGAAGGAAUGAGGUUCUGACACUGCGUGGGACUGGAGGGAAAUAAGAGCACAACUUUAAGGCCAUUGUGUUGAAGAGGAGAUGCUGAACUUGUGAGGCCUCACUGAACGCUAAGACAGAACCAAAGACUGUAUCACUGAGCAGACGAGAGGGCAGACUGAGGCAAAGAGUCCCGGAAUCUCAGUUUAGGGGCAUCCAUACACAGGUUCCGUGGAGAGGACCACCGCGGCGACCGCCUGGAUUAUCCUACUGGGUCAGCGCUACCUGUAGCAGAAGUGAGUCACACCACACGGCACAGCCUGCUAUACAUGGAGACCCCCAGCUGGGCAGAGGAGUACUGAGUGUACUGUGGUUGAGGCCUUCUUUUUAGAAUUUAACUGAUGGACUUGGAAAGAGAUCCCAGAGCAGCUCUUUUCCUACUCUUCGUCUCCGAUAACAGAGUGAUGACAUCUCAUCAAAAAUAAACCAAACCAGGGAACGCUUUGUGCAAAUCUGGAACCAUUGCUCUCUUUGGAAACGUAGUGUACAGUGGGCUGCUGAACGAUCACUUCUGGCAUUUUGGGGUACCCCUCGUCACAAGACUGCAACAGUGAACCCAACAACAUCAACAACAACAGCAAAAGAAACCUUUCCUCCUUGGUUCUUGAAUUUUUCAGUACCAUCUCUCGGAAUCCAGGGUAGCUCCCCUCUCUCUGCACAGGAAUAAAGAACCUCAGAGCAGGAAUGCUGGAAGCAGCCGCAAACUGCCGAAUGUUCCUGCUCUAGUUGAGCCUCAGUACUCUACUGUACUGUACCGAGUGAUUUAAGAUUCACCAAUAAGAUACGGGAGAACCGGAGACAGAGAGGGAGAGGGGGAGAGAGAGUGAGAGAGAGAGCGUGAGUGAGGGGAGAGGAAAGGGGGAGAAAAGUAGAAGAAGAGAGGAGCUCCCGACGCCUUCCAGCUUUCUCUCUCUCGGUGGCUGCGAAAAGGAGGGGGGGGUAAGAACAAGAAAGAGUGAAAAAACCUAAAAUAAUUGAGCAGUGGGAAACAGCCGAGGAAGAACAGAUCAAGAGGAGGAAGGACCGAUAAGCAGAUUGAUUAACGGACAUUAUUCCUUCUGAUUCUCCUGGACGGACCAGUCCUUCUGCACUGCCCAUCCUUCCCAUCGAACGGCCGCACCUGCCCCGCUUCCGAAAUGAUGAUGUAUUUUUGGGGUAACCAAGAGGCCACAGCCCCCCCAGAAGCGAUGGCCCAGCCGUACCCCCCGGCCCAGUACCCCCCGCCGCCUCAGAACGGGAUUCCUGCGGAGUAUGCAGCGCCACACCCCCACCCCACGCAGGACUACACGGGGCAGAGCACAGUGCCCGAGCAUGCCAUGACCAUCUACACCCCCACACAGACGCACUCAGAGCAGCCGGGCACCGAUUCCAGCACGCCCUCCCUCACCGGCACAACGACAGUACCGCAGACAGAUGAGGUGGCACAGACAGAGGGCUCACAGCAGCUACAGCUACAGCCUGCAGACACUUCAGAGAAGCAGCAGCCCAAACGGUUACAUGUCUCUAACAUCCCCUUCCGCUUCCGUGACCCUGAUUUACGGCAAAUGUUUGGGCAAUUUGGGAAAAUUUUAGACGUCGAAAUUAUUUUUAACGAGCGAGGCUCCAAGGGAUUUGGGUUUGUUACUUUCGAAACGAGUGCAGACGCAGACCGUGCGCGGGAGAAACUAAACGGUACAAUCGUAGAGGGACGCAAAAUAGAGGUAAACAAUGCAACAGCAAGAGUAAUGACAAACAAAAAAGUGGCAAACCCUUACACAAAUGGGUGGAAGCUGAAUCCAGUGGUGGGAGCUGUCUAUGGUCCUGAAUUUUAUGCAGUAACUGGCUUCCCCUACCCCACCACAGGGGCAGCAGUGGCCUACAGAGGUGCUCACCUGAGAGGCCGGGGUCGUGCUGUUUACAACACAUUCCGUGCUGCCCCCCCUCCCCCACCCAUCCCUGCAUAUGGAGCAGUGGUUUACCAAGAUGGCUUUUAUGGUGCAGAAAUUUAUGGGGGUUACGCAGCGUACAGAUAUGCCCAGCCCGCCGCCGCAGCUGCAGCUGCUUACAGCGACAGUUACGGCAGAGUCUAUGCAACCGCAGACCCGUAUCACCACACAAUUGGUCCUGCCGCCACGUACAGUGUUGGUACUAUGGCUAGCCUAUACAGAGGAGGGUACAGUCGCUUCACUCCCUACUAAAGAAAGAGAAACAUUACCCCAACUGAAUGGUUAAAAACAAACAAAAAAACAAAAACAAAACAGACACCUCCUUCUUCGUGGAAAACUAAAACAACAAAACAAAAAAGCUUCCAGGUCACACUGAUGGCCUCCUCCCCUCCAUGGCCCCCCAUCCCCCCUGUCAAUUUAUUCGAAGAUUCUUGCAACUUUUUCUUAAUACUUUGCUUCAUUUUUAUUUCUGUCAAAUGUAUUUCUGGCUCUUGUCCGUCUGUGUGCUGAAAGGUAGCUCCCUUUUGGAGAGGGUCCUUCGGAAGCAUUUCUGAAGGGAGGGAAGGGAAUGGGAGGUCGUGGGGGGGAGGCGGGAGUCUUAAAAUGAGCAUGCUCAGAAAGGUGCAAGGGAUGGGCUGCCUCGAUCAGGGCGACUCUUCAAAAGAUCCUGUUGUGUGAUCGAGGUUCAGUCUUCAGGGGACUGUUUCAGUGUUACUUUCCUGACCUCAUUCAAGAUUCUCGUUGCUGGAUUCUGAAAAGCUCUCCUUUGUUCAGCUGGCUUUUGUUGGUUCUGUUUCUCUCGUAUUAAAAGUGGUUCGGGAAGAGUAAAGAGAUAAAGGAGUUUGAGACUGUUGAUGCCAAGGAAGACAUUCUAUAGUGAAUACUAUAUUUAUAGUUCACCUACAGUAGGGUCGACAUAAAUAUGAAAAUAGAGUGCCAAGAAACAGGGUUAUAUCCUACGAAGGGAUUGGACUCUUGACUAAUGUGGCGAUGCACAGCAGUAAACAGUUAUUAGUACCCGAAAUAAGAAAAGGCAGCUGGUCACAUGCUACCACUAAGCUUGUGUGGAAGAAAGAAUACAUUACAAGAGUGAACCAAGCUUCAGGGAGAUUAUAAUAAUAAUACUAAUGGCAAAGGCAAGUGGUUAAUGCUGAGAUUAGUCUUCAUUACCACAGCUUCCAGGGCUAAGCAUGAGCUUUGACUCCCCGCUGUGAGAAAGAUCUCAGAACGUUACCAGAUCUGUGUUAUUAAAUUACUGUUUUGGCGACUAGAUGCAUUAGCUGGUGCUGUGAUGAGUGAAAGAACUGGAACAGUAGAAAAGUGCCUGUUCAACAUCUGUGAUUGCACUGCAGGGUGAGUGCAGUUCACCUGUACCACCUCUCUGGGCCUGCUCAUUGUCAUCACCACACGUGGAGUAAGGCCACGAAAACGUGGGCAACUAUGGCUCUUUCAGUUCAUUUGGUUUAUAGAAUUGCUCCUCUCAAAGUUGUUAACUCUGUAGUUAAUCUUCAUAAGGCCUAACUCUGUUACAAAGGAUAUGGUAAAAAAAGGUUGCCUGAUGAAAUGAAGUGGGAAAGCCAUAGUUCUCUAGCCAGGGAAUAGAGUGAUGUUUAACUUGAACACAGGGAUCUAUAGUGCUACUGAUGUAAUAGUACCAAUAACAGAGAGCUUGUAAAAAUAGAGUGUUCCUUUACCACUGCUGGUUAUAAGGCUGUGAUACCUAUAUCAAUCCCUGCUGCUCUGGUCUGUGUGCUGCCACAAAAAGAUCCCUUUCAGUCAAAUUGAAGUUACAAUGCUGCACGGGUUUGCUACCCAUUAAGUAAAUAUAUGCACGUUUAAUGGCCUGACUACUGCAAAUCCUGAUAACUUCUGCUUUUCCAAAUUAGCUCCAUGAUUCACUUGAGAAGAAAAAUCCUGGAAGUUACCACCUUGGGCAAAAAAAAAAAUCAAAUUAAACUUUAAAUUUGCUAUAACCAUUACAAAGGCCCCAGCAUUGCAUAGAAAAGAAGAACAAGGAACAGUUCUGUCACUGGAAUGUAUUGAUUUUUGUUUACAGGCUACAUCUAUUGUGAGAAACAACACGGGGAAUUCUAUCUAACACGUUUUAGCUGAACAAUACCAUACCUGAUGUGAGGAGUGAGCACACACAAGAAAAUUCUGACACACAGGAAAAAUCAGCCGUUAAGAAAUUCUAGAAGUCUUUUUCAUUCUAUGGCUUGAAAGAUCCUUUGGAGUGUUUCUUCAUGACAGAAAAAGUGAGAUUGGCUUAUUUCCUGUGCCUAAUAUUCCCGGGAGGUAUCCUUACACCUGGCACCUGGUUUUCAGUGUGCAGUGUACUGAGAAACAAUGAUAGUGCAUUUCCUUUAGUUAAUAUAACACACCCACGUCUCGGGACUGAGGAGACAAUGGAGUAAUAAGCCGAUAAACUUCUGAGGUGCUCAAAUACUGAACGCUAAAGACGUUGAUCAUAUACCCUCCAAGAGGAGGGAACACAAGUGAGUCACAGACGCUUACAAGGCACACGAUAAAUAGCAGCCCUCUCCAAAUGGCAUUGUAAGGAGGAGUUAUGGGGGAGAAAAAGAGACUCUGCAGGAAACUAGCAUCCAAGGCAAUUUACUUCACAGAUUAGAGAUAACACCAUUGAGUCAAUAACCACUGAUCUCAUUUGAAGAUACACUAGACUAACUCCGCUUAGUACAGCCAGCUCAGUCUAUUACCAUACUUGCUACGGCUGUUGUACCAGACGUUAUAUUCUCCCCUUGAUUCUCAGAUGUGAAGGUAGCAAUUGGGAUAUAUGAAUUUGAUUGGGUUUUUUUUUUACAAAAAAAUAGUUUUUUUUUUCUGUUCGUUUUCCGUGGGGAAGGAAAAUGUAACACGAGGAUUAAAUCUUGUAUGUCUUUUCAUUUCAAUUACUUUAGACUGUAAUUCUCUGAUUGUGUAACUGUGGCCUAGCAAUUAAUAUUGUUUAUGAGGGCAUGUGUGACGCAAAGAAAAACAGAUUUACCACCUCUGAGUACCCAAAGAAGCCAGGCAGAGGGGAUACAAAUAGUGCUUGUGCAAAUAUAGUGAACCCUAUUCCAUGAGGCUCAUUAUUUUCUGUUCAAGGUACCUCCACAGAAACAAAUGUGCUGAACUCUUGUGACAUACCCCCAGCCCCUUGUAUAUUCAACAACUGUAAUACCUUGUACAGUUUUCUAUGCAGAUUACAAGCAUUAUUUAGUGUGUUUUAAAAAUGUACGCAAGAUGGAAAAAGGACACAGUAAAGUCAAACAUGAUAACCAAGAUUCCAAAUUCUAGGUGCUUCCAAAUAGACUCCAAAAUUCCUCACGGAAACCCAAACUGGAGUUGGUUAGCAACAUGGCCAGGCAUGGGAUCAGUCACCUCCACAUUUUAGGGCCUGUUUAGUGGAGGCUUGUGUUCCCAAGAAACAGUUAGGAACCCCAUUAUUGUUUACUCCUCAAUGAUUCUCUCAGUGCAGUACACAAUAUCACACCAAACUAAAAUGCACACAUACACUCAGCCAAAUCAUUUCAGGAUCCAAGCCAGGAAACACAAUUUUCUGGAAGCCAGGUUGGAUCAAUUCAGUAGCUCCUGGGAGCAAUUUCAGGUUAUUUACCUUUUUCCCAGUUCUCUUCAAGCCAUCACAUCAGUUCCCUGGAGCGGAUCAUUUGCACCAGUGCUGCAUUGUGAAAAGGAGCUGAGUCUUCUUUACUGUAGAGAAUUGCUACAGAACUCUCUCCUGCUCUCCGACAGAAUAGUCCUCGAUUCUAAGUAAAAUGUAUUCAGAAAGAGUUUUACUGAUAAAAAUGGAAAAUCAUACAGUAUGCACAUUAAGACUUUUACUUAUGCAGUUUCUUGACCAAGCAAAUCAGACCAAAGAUUUACACUGAGACGCAAUAGUUGGAUUGGAAUCAGUAUGUUCAACAUGUACAAGCCAGCCUUUCAAACAUAAGUUUUUUUCUUAUGCUCAGUACCAAAAGCUUUCUUCAACAAUGGUUCAGCUGUACUGACAGAACACAGCUACAGCCUCUGUGACUUUUAACUGGAAAAUAAAUGGUUUCAAGAACGAUUAGAAAGAGAUUAGCCUCAGUAUAAAUUUCUGAAUGAAUCUGAUCAAAAUCCAAACUUUACCAGUUACGGUUUGUCAAGUGAGAUAAACAAAAAAUAGAACUUGUAAUAAGACCCUGUAAAGUGUAUGCUCAGUUAUCAUUAUCAUUAAUAUCAUAAUACUAUAUAUUCAUACUACAUAUUCCCUGCAUGCUUUUGUGUGUCUCUGCCCUGCGAUGGACUUAUGUCCUGUCCAGAGUGUAGUCCCAUCUUGCCCCUUGUGCUUCCAGGUUGCCACAGUUCAUACCAGAAAUAAGCAGUUCUCUGGUAAUGGAUCAAUAGAUUGAAAAUUGUCAGCUUGAAAUAUUAUGCUGUCUCUAACUUCUGCAGGGCCAUGAAUUUAUUUCACAUUUUUAAAUGUUGUUUUAAAUCCUUAUUUUUGUUUCUGUGGUUGCUCUGGAUGCUUUGAAAGCAAUAUUGUUUCUUGCAGUGUUUUAUAGAAAUGCACUUUCUCUUUUGAUUUCUGAUAUUGCCAAGCACCAUUUUUGCAAAUAUUUAAAAACAGAAGUAAAACAAUCAAGUCUGGAACAAUAGCGGAACAUAUUUAAAGAAGAAGGAAAAAUUAGUUGACAUGGACAUCCUUUAAAACCAGCUAUAUGUGGUAAUGGAACACAAAAAUACUGACAUAAAAUAUAUUUGUCAAUAAUUGUAAAUAACAUUUAAAAUGUCUUUUAAGGAUUUUUGUUACCACAGUUCUGUCAUGCUAAAUUUAUUUUUUUUAUCUUGGUUUUUGAACAUUUCCAAAGUGUUUUGAUUUAUAGAGCUAACUAAAUGCAUACCAGUACUUGUGUAUUAUAGUAUAAGGUGUUGAAAAACAGUAUUUAUUAGUAUAUUAAAAUUGUUAUAGUAUAUUAAUUAGAUUUAAAUGAAAAGUAGAACACUGAACUAGAAAAUAAAAUGUUCUUCCUUUUAUAUAUGCUAUUAAGGGAUACACCAUGGGACAUUUUUAUAUAAUUCAGGAAAAAAUGCUUUAAACAACAUUAUUUAUACCUUUUUGGAAGAGGAGAGAUAGCUGAUGUCUUUAUAGAUGUUUCUGAUUACAUGACUCUGUGAAGUGUGUGUUGUUGAGCUAUAUUAUUGUAUGUAUUCACUGUGGCAAAAUUACUAAUAGGAAUUAAAGCUGCUCUCUGAAAGUGAAAGGGGUUUAUUUGGUUUUCAGUCAAUAGUGAUGGACACAAUUUUAAAUGACUUCCCUUGUCCUUUCUUUUGUAUGGAUUUGGGAUUGACAUGCAUCAACUUCCUCCAUUAUGGAAUAGGCAAACAACAUAGGUUUCUUCUUAAAACAUAAAUAAAAAAUGAGAUUAUUUCAUUUUGCUUUAAACACUAGAAUCGAACUUUCCUUUUUAUAUAUACAAAUUUUCAUUUUAGCUCUAAUUAAAUGAAGUCCCUUGGCUUAAAAUCUGAAGGGCUUUAAACAAUUUAUACCCUUAAACUCCCGAGCAGGGGUGCCCAGCCCUGGUCCUGAGAGACAUCUGUGGCUUCAGGUCUUUGCCCUUUCUGAUCUCUUAAUUGCUGGCUGAUUGAUUUCAGUUUUGUCUGGGACAUAUUUCUGAAUUUGCUUUCAGUUCUUGAGAUGUUGGAUGGAACUGGUAGGAGACGUCAACUUUGGACCAGUUUUUAAAUUUCUGAACUAAAAUGUAAAGAAAUGUGAAGAAAAAAAGAAACGUUCAUUGUGGGCCUCUGUUCAUCCCAAGACCAGGGCCAGGGCACACAUCUCUAGAGUAGAACAUGUACUAUGCAUUGAUAUACAGUAGGUACAGUUAAUACAAUCACUUUCCCCUAUGAAAACUCUGCCAAAUGUCAAUGUUUCUUUAUUCAUUGAUUUACCCCCAUCGUUACCUAUCAGACCAUGUCAACUCCAGCACAAAAUUAAACUACCAAACCAUUUUGUUUCUGACCCUGUGUGUAUUAUUUCCCAUCACUCGCUGGGCCCUUCUUUCAGCAUUAUAAGGUUGUCAGAAAGAGCCACUCCACUUUUCUUUGUUUUUAAUUCCACUUUGUUGUACCUACCUUGACAAGAAAGAUUUUAAUUGCAUGAAUAAACCUUUGUAAAAGAAUACAGGGAGAGUGGAAGCAUCUAAAUUAAUUCCUACAGCUUGCCAAUUGAUGUGAUGAAAUCCCUUUUCUUGCAUGGAUGCUGCAGUGAAGCCAUUAAAUGAUUGCCAGUUUAAUUGGCUCCGUUAAUGCAGUCAUUUGUAAGAUGGCACCAUGGGCUAGUGUCCAGUACAAAAUGGCAGUACGGCAAGAUUUCUUUCCCCACAUUAGUCUUUUUAUAGUUUAUCCCAUUUUUGCUGGAUGGGCUUCAGUGUCGCUAAUCAAAAGCAGCUUCUGGCGUGACAACCUGGAGUAGUUCUCAAAUGUUCAUCAACAUGUCAUGUAUUUCUAUUUUAGUAAGGACUUGAACAGCUGUGUGUGUUUUUUUUUUUUACAAAAUUCCAAACAAAACGACCCAGAAAUGUCGUUUUAUCACCAGCUUUGCGCAUUAAACAGACUCUCGUUUCCGCCAACUGAAUGAGAAAUAGAACCCUGAAUAAAGAAAUGAGCUACAGCUGAAAAUGGUUUUGAGACCAAAGGUAAUGCAGUGCCAAUCACAUAAAGAGGAUGAAGGCGCAACACUGGCCUUUUACUUUAGACUGUGAUUGUAAAAUAUUGUAAAUUAAAAUGAUGAGAAGAUGGUUUCAAUUAGUUAUUUUAACCCAUUUGACACGACAGAAAAGUUCCUUGUGUAGAACCUUCUGGGCUUUGCAUUACAUCAGUCUGCGAUAGAUGAGCUUUGAAUAGCUGCUACGGAACUCCAAAAUGGUGCUCUAUUCUUCCACUGUAGGCAGCUGAAAUACAAUGCGGACAUCGGUGUCGCAAAUUGGCGACCAGUGCGAAGAAAUCAAGCCAAGACAGAAUGUCCUCUUACCACACUGCUGGUGUCCAGAAGAUAAGAUGCCAUACAAUUUUUUACUGCCUUGUACUCUAAAAGGAUAACACAGAAAUGAGUAUUGCCCAUUGCCCAACAGCCUUGCGCUGCUCAAAAGCUGUGGGGUGGUGUAUUUCUAUAGCAAACAUGUAAGUGUGCUGAGUGGGCCUGAAUUCUUGUAUGGCAUCUGGUCUUUGAACUAACAUUAGAACAAGGCAGCUGUAAAAACCAGGUGUGUGUGAAGGACAGAUUCCAAUCCUGUUUUCACUUAGCCUUUCUUCCAUAAAGGACACACAUCAGCACCACACAGACCGUGGGGUGUAAGCUACAGAACAGCGUGCUGUGAAGAGUAAAAUGGAUCAGUUAUCAGAGCCGAUAAAUUUCUCAGUUGUUGGUAAAAUGCCUUUACCAGCCUAUGGAAGGAAGCAAUCCACAGUAUUGCUGCAGCUGAGAUUGAACCUGUUGAAUCAGUGAUGUCUAUCUUUAUUCUCAUAGACUUGGGAUUCGUGGGCAAGUGUCUAUUGAAGAUGCUAUAUAAAAGGGUUGAUGAAGAGAAGGAAUCAGUAAGCCUUGUAUUUUGGUGCAUUCAUUCUAUUGGCCUUCAUCAGGGUUUUUUUUAAUGAAGUCAUUUAAAAUUGCGUAUUUUCAAACUCUUCCUUUUUAGUCUGUUCAAAUGUUGUUUUUAUUCUGUCAAGAGAUUUGUAGAAAAACAAAACAAAGCAAAAAAAUCUAGAUAUAAUUACAUGUACACUGUUGGCAAUUACCACUCUGUCAUUGAAUCCUUUUUCUUUUAUAUAUCUAUUGCUCUAUCCUGUGGUCUUUUUUUGUGUAUUGCUAUACUGUUUUCAUGUUAAUGAUCAUACUGUAUUCAAUGUAUUGUACCUUUGGUACUUUGAGUUUUUAUGAACCUACUGAAUGUAAAACAAGGAUGUGUGGAACUGAAUUCAAAAUGAAGAAAAAAUUAUUUUACUCUGUUCUGCUUACAUUUUCUAAUAUAUUGUUUUCAUUUUAUGUCACAUAUUUCAGUAAAAAAACUGAUGGCUUUGAUUGCCUAACAAAAUUAAGAAUGAUCACAUUUAAAUGUUUACCAUUACACUUCAAUAUAUUUAUUGAAAAUAAUUAUCUGUUGCAUCAUGUUUUGUUUGUUCUUUCAAGGGACUUUGCUUCCAGUUUCACUUAGAGGCUUCUCACUGCAGGGAAAAUAAAAUGAUGAGAGACUAUUCAGGUUUCUUAAUGAUUGUUGGCAUCCCCUAAUUAUUUCAGUCACCAGAUUUUUUGUUGCAUUGACCAGCAUUUCCUUUGUGAUUAAACUACAGUUCCCUUGUAAUUGUAACUAAAAUGAAACACAUGGUGAAAAAUGGAAUCCUAUAUUCUGAUCCUGUCAGUACAGAUAUUUACUGCUGCUUUUAAUAAGUUGAUCUCAAUAACUCCAUUACAAAUCAGGGACAGAUGUUUGCUUACGGUAACUGUGAAUAUACUGUAUAUCAGCUGGCACAGUAGUGGAGUUUCUAUUCACUUUAGAAAUGAAGAGAGCUACAGUAUGCAGGACAAGCUGUGACAGCAUCAAAAGAUGAGCAGAAACGCAACACAGGUUUUCUCAAACCAUUAACUUCCCCUUUCACUCUUCCCCCAGAGUGAUUAAUAUGCUUGACAUUGCCGAUCUUGCAAAUUCUUGUCCACCAUCAUAUUUUGUUAGAAAGAAGGAAGUCUAAUAUUGUGUUACUUUUAACAAGGUCCUUGUACCGGUGUUGGGCUGUUCUGUGUUUGUCAAGCAGAUCUUCAGGAAAAAAAACCCUUGUGAAUCCUGAUAACAGGCUUUGCGUAGCAGACUGAGCUGCAUUAUUGAGUGUGAUUAGUAUUCCGCAGCACAUCUGUUUAUUUCUCCAGGGUGGUGUGAGAAACUACAAAGUGAUGUUAAAAUUAAAGUCUGGCUUUAUUUUCUUCUGAAGAGCUAUACAGUGCUGAAUAUCUCUCUGAAUUAGGGAGUCUCUAAUACCACAUAGGCCCCAAGACAAUUUAAAAAAAAAAACUAAAAUCUGAGUACAUUUAGGUACCUUCCACAGCUUCUUGAUUCCAGUAGGUUGUCAUUAAAAAAGAAUCUGCAAGCAUCCAGCUGAAGAUGUAUCACUAUGUUGGUUCAAUUCUAAUCUCAGUCUCAGGGCUUGUGCAAGGAAGUCCCUUUUAUAGGCAAGAACUCAUGUUCUGUAAUAAAUCUUUUUUUUCUUAUCAGAAAAAAGAACAUCUUUUAACAAGCCCAAAGCAACUCAUUACCCUCCUUCAAGAGUCCAUUUCACUCCAUUUCUAAGCCAUUGAUUUGCUUUACCCUUGUUGCAACAUAGAGAUUGAUUUCUGUUAUUAAUUACUUGAACUCUCCACCAUAUUUGAAUGACCACCUGCUGGUUAACCAGAAAGAAUGUUAGGUUUGACUUUUUUUUUCCUUUUAUGAAAAAUUUAACAACAAAUGGAAAGGGGGCACUGUCCAUAUCAUAAAACCAAAUAAAACACUUUCACUUUUUUAAAACUAAUUCAGAUAGGUUACUCUUUGCAACCUUCUAAGACUUUCUUAACACUCUUACAAAUGAUUUGGCUAUACAAACAAUGCUAUGUACUUUCUUUCCCCCACUGAAGCAGUCAAGAUUGCUUUCUUUCUACACAAUAUAUGUUGCUGGUUAGAACUAUAUACUUUGUAUAUAGUUUGCACUUAAAAUAAGAAAAGCUGUGCCUAUGUGAAAAACAAGGAGGCUAUACAAGGUUUUAUGUAAGCAGACUAAUAUUCUUUGAUUAAAAAAAAAUCACCAUGGCAUAAUGUUUCAUUUUGAAUGCUGUUCACUCAGAACCCUGAAAUGCACUGCAGUCAUUUGGAUCAGAAAAAGCCACUUCAGGUCCUAUCUAUGCACAGUCUCCCAGAAUGCAAACCUCUAUGUCCCUUGAAUGAACAUAUUCAAAAUCACUAACACUUUUCAUGGAAUAAGUUUUGAAAAACAGUAACCAAUCCUUUAUUAAUACUUAAUUAUUAAUGAAUAAAUACAGUAGCAUAUCAACUGUUAAUAUAGUACUUACAAACACCUAUGAACGUUAGCAUUAUUGACAAGUUGACAGGUGGACAACCUAACAAAACACAACCUAUAAAAUGUUUUCAUUUUUUGAGUCAAUAUAUUAAAAAAUGAUCAGACAACACAGCUGAGUGAUGGCCAAAUGUGCACUAUAUAAGGCACCUGUUCCAAUUUUUUAUAUUACAACACAAAUUAUAUGAAGUCUACAGAUGUAAAUGUUAAUAACUGGAUUUCUAAAAAGUCUAUAAAUGGUUAAUAUACUAUGAAUUCAUUAGCUAUUAAGGAUUAAUAAAGGGUUUAUUACUAAACUGUAUUAUAAAUGUUACAGAGUAUGCAAAUUGUAACCAGAACUCUUUAUUUAUAAACUUAUGCCUAUUUUUUUCUAU